AUGUCUGAAGCUGGGAGUUAUGCCUUUGUCACUGGAGGUGCAAGCGGGAUCGGUCGCGCAUUAACGAUUGCGCUUGUCAAAGAAGGAUGUCAGGUCUUUAUUGUGGAUCGUGAUAUUCACAGUGCCAUCGACUUCGCGGCCGAAUUGAACCAAACCGCUCAAGUAGCCUGGACGGCACAGGUGGACGUGACGAAUUGGGAUGAGCAGGUAUCUGCCUUUGAAAAGGCCGUCGACACAUUCGGCCGUAUCGAUUACGUGUUCCCCAUCGCGGGACUUUCGGAGAGGAGAAGUUUUCCAAACAGAGGGAAGGAUCUCAAGCGCUUUGAAAAGCCAGACUUGUCGGUCAUCGACGUCAAUUUGACAGCUGUGCUGUACACGGUCAGUCUGGCGUUGCAGCAAUUUCGCCGGCAGGAUGUGAACAAGUUUGGAUUCAAGGGGAAAAUUGGUUGCGUCUCGUCUAUAUGUGGUCUGUAUGCACCUGCAACCUUGCCAAUGUAUACAGCUACAAAACAUGGCAUUGUGGGCUUUGUCCGUGGGUUUGGCAAAUAUCUACCGAGGGAGCAAAUCACCAUGAAUGCAGUUUGUCCCGCGGUGGUGCGCACCGCCAUGACGAACGCAUUCUCCGACAGGCUGGAAGGUUUGGGAUUGUUGACGCCAAUGUCGAGUGUAGUCGGGGCAUUCCAGUCAAUGUUGGGUAGCAAUGAUGUCAGUGGGGAGUGUUUCGAGGCUGGACCCAAGGGGUACAAGAUCAAGAGUCCCUCAGACUACUCGGACGACGAGAUGAGGCGGACAAUGUUGAUGAUUUCUGAGAAAAGUGUUUCACUCCACGAGUCGGUCAAGGAGUGA